CGAACGAAUACGACAUAGAUGGAAACACAGACAAAGGGAGAGAGAGAGAAAAUAUACCUUAUUUUCCCGCCAGUGUCCAUUUUAGAUCUCUGUAAACUUUUCAUUAUCCGUUAAGAACUGCAGCUAGUUGGUUUUACAUUAAAAUGGGCUUUUUGAAACAAAUCGAAGUGGAAAACUUCAAGUCUUGGCGUGGAAAGCAAGUUAUCGGUCCCUUUUUGCGAUUUAACUGUAUAAUUGGUACAAAUGGCUCAGGCAAGUCCAAUGUGAUUGACGCUGUGAGUUUUGCCAUGGGGGAGCGAGCCGCGGCUCUACGUGUCCAACACCUCAAAGACCUGGUUCAUGGAGCUCAUAUUGGACAACCAGAGUCCGAAAGCGCCAGUGUGGCCUUGUGUUACUACGACGAUGAAGAACAGCAGGAGACCAUUUUCUGUCGGGGUAUUACCGGUAAUUCCUCUCAUUAUCGUAUCAAUGGCAUAACUGUUACAUAUGCCAGAUAUGUAAAGGAGUUAGAGAAGAUAGGCAUCGUGACCAAAGCCAGAAAUUGUCUGGUGUUCCAGGGGGCGGUGGAGUCCAUAGCUUUAAAAGACCCAAAAGAGAGGACUAAAAUGUUUGAGCAAAUCAGCCAGUCAAUUGAGUUUGCUGCAGAUUAUGAAAAAAAGAAAGAGGCCCUGCUGAAGGCCAAGGAAGACACACAGUUUCACUUCAACAAAAAGACAUCUGCCACUGUGGAGAAGAAGCAGAUGUUUCGGGAGCAAGUGGAGGCACAGAAGUACCAAGCACUGGUCGACAGCCUUCAAGAAAAUCGCCUGCAGCUGAGUCUGGCUGAACUCUAUUAUAAUGAAAAGCACAUCCACUCUCUCAUCGACAACCUAGAGGAAAGACAGCAGGCUGCAGCAACAAAUAACAACAUGGCGCGCACCUUGGAGCAGACAGUAAAAACCCACAAGAAAGAACAUGGGCGUCUCCUCAGGGAGCAGCAACAAGUUGAAAAGGAAAUCAGUGCCCAAGAACAUGCCCUGUCGCAGUUGCGGUCACAGUAUAUUAAAAUUAAGAUGAGCAUCAGUCAUCACACAAAGAAGGUUGAGGAUGCUGGAAAAUCCCUGAAGAACAAAUAUAAAUUGCUGUCUAAAAAAGAGCAGGACAUAGAGGAGAGUCAACAGGAAAUCAAGGAAUUGGAACGGACCUGGAAGCACUAUGAAAAGCAGGCUCAGCAGCAGAGAGCCUCUUACGGGAGGGACAUUGAACUGGAGGCAGAUCAGUUAGAGCGAUACAAAGAGCUAAAGGUGACAGCUCGAAUGCAGGCAGCAAUCCUCAGGCAGCAGGGAGAGAAACUGCACUCGGAGGUGAAAGCAGGCUUUGAAAAGCUGUCUUUUGACCAGCGCAAAAAGAAAGAAGUGGAGGUCGGCAUCAGGAACACCCAAAAUCAGCUGGAAGACUUGAUGCGUAGAGCUGAAAAAUUAGAGGAGUACAACAAAUCCUGCAAGUUGUCUAUUGAGGAGUAUGGCCAGCAGGAGAAAAGCCUCAUGGCUGAACUGCAGAAGGGCAAACAUCGCAGUGAGGAGUUAAAUGAGGAGCUGGGUCAGGUGCUGCAGGAGUUAAGAAAUGCUUCUCUGGACAAUCAAGAGUGCAAACGCCAGCUGCAACGCAAUGAGCUGCUAAUGAGGCUCCAAAGACUUUACCCUGAAUCAGUGUAUGGUCGGCUGUCUGACUUGUGCAGUCCUAUUCAUAACAAGUACCUGCUGGCUGUUACCAAAGUGUUUGGCCACAACAUGUCUGCCAUUGUCGUGACUACAGAGAGAAUAGCCCGUGACUGUAUCUCAUACAUUAAGGUGGAACGUUCCGGGCCUGAGACCUUCUUGCCUAUCGACUACUUAAAUGUGAGACCUUUGAAAGAGCAACUGAGGGAGGUGCCUGGUGCCAAGAUGCUGGUAGAUGUUGUCAAAAUUAAUAUUACUCCAGGUGCAAACCAACUUAAAAAGGUGGUGCAGUUUGUCUGUGGCAAUGCCUUGGUGUGUGAAACCAUCAAAGAGGCUCAGCAAGUGGCGUUUGGCAGCCAGGAGCGCAUCAAGACAGUGGCACUGGAUGGGACGCUGUUUGCCAAGUCAGGUGUGAUCUCCGGAGGCUCGAGCCAUCUGCGCACAAAAGCCCGGUGCUGGGAAGAGAAAGAUGUGACCAAACUGAGAGAACGCAAAGACCAAAUAACCACUGAGCUACGUUACUUGAUGAAGCUGAAACGCAAGGAGUCAGACCUGAAACAGACCAUAGCUCAGGCUCAGGGUUCUCAGAUCCGCCUGAAAUACUCCAAAAUUGAACUGGAAAACAUUAAGAAGAAAAACAUCGUCAAAUGCCAAUCUGAGAUCUCACGCAUGGAAAGUGAAUUAGCAAACCUGGACUACGAGAUCAAGAUUCAACAGGAGAGUCUGGAGACAAAAGAAGCCGAGAUGAACAUGAUCAGAGACCAGAUCAACCAGAUGGAGGACCUGGUGUUUUCUGACUUCUGUGCUGAGAUUGGUGUGGACAAUAUCCGUGCUUAUGAGCAGGAACACCAGGAACAAGUUACAGAGCUUGAUAAGAAACGGCUGGAGUUUCAGAGUCAGCGUGCUCGACUGAGUGCACAACUUGAGUAUGAACAAGAGCAAAUAGAGCAGCAAAAGAAGCAGCUGAACAAAAUGGAGAACGCCAUGAAUGAGGAGAAAGGAAUUGUUGCAGUGCAGAAGAAGGAUGAACAAAAGGUACUGUUGGCGGUGGAAGAAGCUCAGAACAACCUGCUAGAGGUAGAGGAUCAAUUGCUGCAUAAAAAGACACAAGUGACGGCUGCCAAAACUGAACUAGACCAGGAAACCCAGAGGCUUCACAAAAUCCAGAAAGAUUCUGUGAAUUUGGAACGGGAUGUGAUGUUUGCAAAGACGUCCUUGGAGCAGAAACGAUUGGUCAGACACAACUUACUGCUGGCCUGCAAGCUUCGGAGUCUGCCUGUCUCUCUGCUGUCAGGGAUUCUGCAGGAAAUUAGUGAGGUGCAGUUGGACACUGAAAGCACUUUGUUGUCCACUGACAUCCAUGAGAGAGAAGCAGAGAUAACCAUUGAUUACUCUCAGCUAAAAGCAGAGCUGAAGAAUCUGGAGGGGGAGGCGGAGGUUAAAGCUCACCUGGAGAAACUGCAGAAGUUGGUGGACUCCCUAGAAUUGGUGCUGCAUCAGACAGCUGUUCCUAAUAUGAAAGCUCUAGAGAAGAUGGUGGAAAUGAAGAACAGGUUACAGGAAAUAAAUGAAGCCUUUAGUGCGAGUUCCAAGGAAACCAAGAGAUGCUCAAUGGAGUUUGAGAAAGUUAAAGCCCAGCGUUGCAACAGCUUUGUAAAGUGCUUUGAACAUGUAUCUGUUGUGAUUGAUCAGAUCUAUAAAAGGAUCUGCAGAAACAGCAGUGCUCAGGCCAUACUGUGUGCAGACACUCCAGAUGAACCAUACCUUGGAGGCAUCAACUACAACUGUGUAGCACCAGGAAAGCGCUUCAUGUCCAUGGACAAUCUGUCUGGUGGAGAAAAGGCCAUUGCUGCUUUGGCUUUGGUGUUUGCCAUCCACAGCUUCCGUCCUGGUCCUUUCAUCAUCCUGGAUGAGGUUGAUGCAGCCCUGGACAACACCAAUAUCAGCAAAGUGACUAGUUUCAUCAGGAAGAUGUCCCAAAAGAAUUUGCAGGCCAUCGUCAUCUCUCUGAAGGAGGAGUUUUUUUCCAAAGCCGAUGCUCUGUUCGGAGUCUACUCUGAUGUGGAUAAAUGCAUGUUCAGUCGCAUCCUGAGUUUGGACUUGAGACCAUACCCUCUGGCUGAAGAAGAAAAUGGGGAACACAUGGGCUCUGACCACUAAAUGGAGAUACUACAGAGGUCACCAUGCUCCGAGAGACCUGCAUAAGAAAGCCCCAUAAGCUAAGCCUUUUUUUCUUUACAUGU